CCUGUUUAGAGUGGAGCUCCAGUCUGCAGCUAGACUCUUCUCACUGUGUAUGGGCAGCAUGGCCGAGGGGGUCAUUUAAACCUUCACUCGGGGGAGUCUGAGACGAUCAGUGCGUGUGAGGGACAGGGGGAUGGACGCUCAGGGCCACAAGGCAACUGACAACAUCAGAGGAAGAAUCAGAGUGCUGAAGUUUAGAGAGGAAGAGACGGAAAUUCUGGUUAAUGGGAUUUUGGAUAAUUAUAGCAAACUGUUUGGGAGUCUUUGCAAUAUGACAACUACAUCUGAGAAAAGCAGAAUCUGGAAGAAGAUCCUCCGUGACAUCAACGCCUUGGGCUACGCACGUAGGACCACUGACAUAUUGAAGAAGAAGUGGGUGGAGAUCAAACGCAAACUGAAAAGGAAGAUGGCAGAGCUUGCGCGGGAGAGUCGCAGAGGUGCAAAGAGAGUGACAACCGAUUUCCUGCUAACUGGAUAUGAGAAGCGCCUGAGUGACGUUCUCUCAUCUUGUCCCCAGGAGCUUGAUCAGAGUGGGAUUAUUGAUACUAGAGAUCAGCGAGGACAGCCGGGACCCUCUCAUACACUUGCAGGGGAUGGAUCCUCACAAGACUUCUCUUCCGAUGAUGACAGAGACCUUCUGAUGAAUGAUGAUGACUUCAUGGCAGAUUUUACUGAAGCGAUCUCAGAACCUCCAUCUCCUCCACAGCCAGAGACGACUCCCCAACCGACAUCGGUAGCCCCAGAGCUUUCUUCAGGAGCUAGAGUGUUAAAGCCUUGUGUGCCGUCACCUGCUGCUCAGAGUGAGGAAUGUGGUGGAGCUCCUCCUCCUUGUUACCAACAGCAAGUGCUGCGCAUGCACCGCACAGGAUACAGGUCUUUGGCCAAUAAUCUAAGGUUACUAAUAAAUGAAAACCGUCAGCAACACAAAGAGACAAUGGCAAUGAAUCGGCACACUGUGUCCGUUAUAAAUGAUGCAGCAUCUCAGAUCACUGAUGCUAUAAACAGUCUUACUGCGGCACUGCAGCAAGCGGUUGAAGCCGUCAGACCAAACCUAUUGAUCUCUACGCCAGUUCUUUCCAGCAACAGCAACUCAUUAAAUAUCUCUGCUUCCUCCAGUAUAGACUCUUCCCCACCAUUGUCACACGAAGGCACGAGGCGGAGUUACCACAGCGAGAGAGAUGGGUUACGACCAGGAAAGAGACGCCGAUUCUGAAUGUUAUUAUUUUUAUUAAUAUUAUUAAGUAGCUUUGUUGUUUUAUAUUUUUAGUAUUAGAUGAUGUGACGUUGAUAGAAGCUAACAAUUUGUGCCGUUGUGAAGGAGUUUGGAUUGUUAGUAAAUACUUGUACCUUUAA